UUCUUGGCCAAUGCCCGCCCCCCUCAUCCUUUUCCUUCACCCCCGUCCUCCCUUUCUCUUACCGACGUUUAUGCCACGACUGAUGAUAAUCCCCGCCGACGUUCUUCUUUGGUUACUGGAUGUGGACGUGAUAGAAGUCAGUUAGUCGCGCCCCAGCUUGCGCCAAUGGAAGAUGCAGGCAAUAGCAAAGGUGCGGCACUCUCGCUGGACGGCAAUGACCGGCUCUCCGGGCGCAUGCGCUCGGGCAGCGCAAGCAGCGGACACAAGCGCAGCACCUCGGGCUCCUUGCUAUCUCGGCUAUCCUUUCUUCGAAUGAUUCAAGCGACCCAAAACACGGCCGAGCGAGGCCAUUCGGGCCUCGAGCGCGACGACGGCGACGAGCUCACCUCCGGCCUCCGGGGCGGGCGGGCGAUGUCGAAUGCGAUCCAGCAGCACCGGAGGACGCGACGAAGACGGGGCUCCCUACGCAAAACUGCCCUCUUGGGCACCCGGCUCGACUACCGAGACAAGAAAACUGCAAGGGUGCCAAGCGAUGUGUUGCGAGGGGACAGUGGUGGUAUCGAACAACAGCAGCAGCAGCAGCUGCUGCUGCGACCGGGAACGGGAACGGGACCGACCCCGACCCCCUUACCCUCUUCCUCCACCAGCCCGCGGAUGCUAUACCUGGCCGACACCGUGUCGCCCGACGGUACUGAAAAUACUCCACCUGGGACUCUCGCUCAAGCAGGAGAUGAGACGGAUGCAGCAUGGACGCUGAUGGAUGCACCGCAACGGGCCCGGACGGCCACGGCCGCGCCCCCGCCCGCGCAACGCCAGCCGAAGAACAACCUCCUCGGCGUCGGCGACGAGAUGACCACCGACGACGAAGAUAUCAUCUCCUUCCCGCGCUCCAACACCACCACCACCGCAUCACAUUCGUCCUCCCCGACCGGUCUCCGCCUCCCGGCUGCCUCGUCGACCUCCGAAUCGUACUAUGCGUUGCAGACGGAUCCGACGUACCGGGCGCUGCAUCGGGCCAAGUCCCCGCUGGCGACACACACUGUGGACAUGGCUACCAGCUCGCAGAUGGUCUGGGACUAUUCAGAGACCGAGUGGUGGGGGUGGAUCAUCCUGAUCGUGACGUGGUUGGUGUUCGUCGUGGGAAUGGGGAGCUGCUUUGGGGUUUGGAGCUGGGCGUGGGAUGUCGGGGAGACGCCGUACGCCCCCCCGGAGCUGGAGGACGAUCCUACCUUGCCUAUUGUCGGGUACUAUCCUGCUCUGAUCAUCUUGACGGCGGUCAUGUCCUGGGUGUGGGUGGUUGUCGCGUGGGUCGGGAUGAAGUACUUCAAGCAUGCGAACAUAUCUGGUGAAGACAUCUGAUGAUGUCGGUGACAGAAUGGCUUUCAUGAGCCGGGUUCUGGAGACUUCUCCGCUUUUCUGACCGGUUACACCUUGAUUAUACUCGAGCGGCUUAUUGAUCGCUCUGUACAUACAACAAUACGCUUUCGUAUUGAUAGUCUA